GCUCAGCGAGAAUCACAGGCAGCAGCAGCAGCAGCCGUGGCCGAGCUGCGGAGGAUUAAACACGGGACUGGGACCUAAAAACAGCUGCGCUCCUCCGGCUCUCUUCAUGACAAGUUCCCCGUCGACUCUGGAGCCUUAAACUUUUUUUGUGAACUUAACAAAAGGAUGUAUUUCUACUGAAAGAGCGACUCGAAACGCUGGAAACUUUCCCACCGCAAUGGAAGGGAAUAUUCCAUGGAUUAUUCUGUCAUUUUUACUUUUUAUGCACAUUUGUGAAGGGUUCCGAUGCGUGGAUAAAUACAGACCUUGUGAAAAUGCAGGGACGUGCAUAGAUUCGCCCCCUCGAUGCAUAUGUCGUCCAGGCUUCAUUGGUCCCCUCUGUCAGCACCUGGAUCCUUGUCAUCGAUCGCCAUGUCUGAAUGGAGCCGCCUGCAAGAGCCAGGUGGUCAAUGGCCUCCCACAAUACACCUGCGUGUGCCAGAGAGGGUUCAGAGGCCAAGACUGCGGUAACAUCGAUGCCUGUGCCACGAGCCCGUGUGCCAACGGGGCCCGUUGUGCCAACUGGAAUAACCACUACAACUGUUCCUGCCCACCUGGCUACCAGGGAAAGAACUGCCGCAGCGACAUUGACGAGUGCCGCAAGCCAGGCGUGUGCCUCCACGGCGGCCUCUGCCUCAACGCCCAAGGGUCCUUCCACUGUCAGUGCCAACCUGGAUACAGCGGGCGCACGUGUGAGGUGUCCACGCUGCCCUGCGCGCCAUCUCAGUGCCUUAAUGGCGGCACCUGUCGACAGACCAGCGACCAUUCUUAUGAGUGCGCUUGCUUACCAGGGUUUGAGGGACACAACUGUGAGAAUAAUGUGGACGACUGUCCAGGUCACAAGUGUAUGAAUGGAGGAAUUUGUGUGGAUGGAGUCAAUACCUACAAUUGCCAGUGUCCACCAGAAUGGACAGGGCAAUACUGUGCUGAGGAUGUCAACGAGUGUCUCAUGCAGCCAAAUGCUUGUCACAAUGGCGGCACUUGCUUCAACACCAUCGGCGGCCACACCUGUGUCUGCGUCAACGGCUGGACUGGAGACGACUGUAGCGAGAACAUCGACGACUGUGCCAUUGCCGUGUGUUUCAACGGUGCCACCUGCCACGACCGCGUAGCAUCCUUCUUCUGCGAGUGCCCCGUUGGAACGACCGGUUUGCUGUGUCAUCUGGAUGACGCGUGUGUGAGUAACCCAUGCAACGAGGGAGCAGUGUGUGACACCAACCCGCUCAACGGUCGUGCCAUUUGCACCUGUCCUGCCGGUUUCGUGGGAGGCGCCUGCAACCAGGACAUGGAUGAGUGUUCCAUUGGUGCCAACCCGUGUGAACACUUUGGGAAGUGUGUGAACACCGAGGGCUCCUUCCAGUGUCAGUGUGGUCGGGGAUACACCGGUCCGCGGUGCGAGAUCGACAUCAACGAGUGCUUGUCCAUGCCCUGUCAGAAUGACGCCACUUGCUUGGACCGCAUCGGAGAGUUCACCUGUAUCUGCAUGCCAGGCUACAUGGGGACUUACUGCGAGAUGGACAUCGACGACUGCGAGAGCAACCCCUGUGUGAACGACGGCAUAUGUCGGGACAUGGUCAACGGCUUCACGUGCACCUGCCAGCCAGGCUUUACUGGCACCAUGUGUCAGAUCGACAUCGACGAGUGCGCCAGCACACCCUGCCAGAACGGAGCCAAAUGCUACGACCGGCCCAAUGGAUUCGAGUGCCGCUGCGCUGAAGGCUAUGAAGGAACUCUCUGCGAGAGCAACAUCAACAACUGUCAGCCCGACCCGUGUCACCACGGCACGUGCGUCGACGGCAUCGCCAGCUACACCUGCAACUGUGACGCCGGCUACACGGGCUACCGCUGCGAGAACCAGCUCAACGAGUGCCACAGCAACCCCUGUCAGAACGGAGGCAAGUGUGUCGACCUGGUCAACAAGUACAUCUGCCAGUGCCUGCACGGAACCUCAGGCCCAAACUGCGAGACCAACUUCGACGACUGUGCCAGUAACCCGUGUGACUACGGCAUCUGCAAAGACGGCAUCAACCGCUACGACUGCGUGUGCAAACCCGGCUUCACCGGUCCUAAGUGCAAUGUGGAGAUAGACGAGUGUGCGUCCAGCCCCUGUCGGAAUGGAGGCACGUGUGUGGAUGAAGAGAACGGAUUUCACUGCAUGUGUCCUGAGGGCUUUAAGCCUCCGUACUGUUACUCCCAGGUGGACGAGUGUGGCAGCAGCCCGUGCGUCCAUGGCGCGUGCAGGGACGACAUCAACGGUUACCGCUGUGACUGUGAGCCGGGAUGGGUGGGAAAGAACUGUGACCUGGACAGAAACGACUGCUUGCCGAGUCCCUGCCAGAACGCUGGCACCUGCAUCGACCUGCUCAACAGCUUCACCUGCAAGUGUCGCCAGGGCUUCAGAGGUAACCUGUGCCAGGUGAACAUCAACGAAUGUGCCUCCAGUCCGUGUCUGAACAAGGGCACGUGUGUGGACGGAGUGGCGAGCUUCACAUGUCUGUGUGAGCUUCCGUACAGCGGACCCACCUGCGCUGAGGUCCUCACGCCUUGCUCCCCUAACCCGUGCGCCAACCACGCUGUCUGCACCCACACACCAGACUACAUGGGAUACCAGUGUAACUGCCAGGCAGGGUGGCAAGGUCAGCUGUGCACCGUAGAUGUGAACGAGUGCAUCUCCAACCCGUGCAAGAACCGCGGGACCUGCGCGAACACGGUCGGAGGCUUCGUGUGCUCCUGCAGAGCGGGAUAUACCGGGCUCACCUGCGAAACAGACAUCAACGACUGCGCUCCGAAUCCAUGCCAAAACGGAGGUUCCUGCUCCGAUGGUAUGAACACCUUCCACUGCAGUUGUCUGUCGGGUUUCACUGGCCUGCGCUGUGCUCGGGAGAUCAACGAGUGCCAGAGUAACCCGUGCAAAAACGGAGGCACGUGCACAGACUAUGUGAACUCCUACACCUGCACAUGUAGGCCGGGCUUCACUGGCAUUUACUGCGAAACCAACAUCCCCGACUGUACUGAAAGCUCUUGCUUUAAUGGAGGAACAUGCACGGAUAAAAUCAACGGCUAUGCCUGUAGCUGCCGCUCAGGCUUCACUGGCUCGCACUGUCAGUACGAGGUCAAUGAGUGCGACUCCCAGCCCUGCCUCAACGGAGGCAUCUGUCAGGACGCCCUGGAGUCCUUCCGCUGCUCCUGUCCUAAGGGCUACACCGGCAACCGCUGCCAGACACCAGUCGACUGGUGCAGGCGCUCUUCUCCUUGCCAAAAUGGAGGCCGCUGUCGACAAAAGGACUUUUCCUUCCUCUGUGAAUGCAGUAAUGGCUGGUCUGGACGUUACUGCGACAUCCCGAGGGUUUCCUGUGAGACAGCCGCUCGCCAAAGAGGACUCCAGACUGAUGAUCUGUGCCACCACGGCGGUCACUGUGUCAACACUGGGAACAGCCACUACUGUAAAUGUCCCACCGAUUACACUGGAAGCUACUGCGAAAGCCAAGUGGACCACUGUGAGGACAAACCCUGCCACAAUGGCGCCACCUGCAGGGGUUACGUCGGAGGUUACCAGUGUGAUUGCAUGCCAGGAUACACGGGACAGAACUGUGAGAUUGAGAUCAACGAAUGCCAGUCUCAUCCGUGCCAGAAUGGUGGCACCUGCAUUGACCUGGUGGGGCAUUACAUCUGCUCCUGCCCCCCCGGCACACUGGGUGUGCUCUGUGAGAUCAACGAAGACGACUGCGCUCCAACUCUGAGGCUGCGCAGUGCUCCUCCCAAGUGCCUGAACAACGGCACCUGUGUGGACAGAGUGGGUGGAUAUCGCUGCAACUGUCCCCCGGGAUUCACCGGAGAGAGAUGCGAGGGAGACAUAAACGAGUGUCUCUCUAACCCCUGCAGUACGCCCAACAGUCUUGACUGCAUCCAGCUGCCCAAUGACUACCAGUGUGUCUGCAAACCUGGCUUCACAGGUCGCAGGUGUCAGAACAGGUUCAGUGCGUGUGAGUCUCACCCCUGUCAGAAUGGAGGAGCCUGUUCUUUAUCCAGCAGCUCUGCACUGGGAUACACCUGCACAUGUCAGCUUGGUUACACUGGGCCCAACUGUGAAAGGAGCAUGUCGUGUCGGGAGCUGUCCUGCUACAACGGAGGCAGUUGUGCACUUACCACCAGGGGGGCUCGCUGCUCCUGCCCUCCAGGUUACGGCGGACCGCAGUGUCAGCACCGCACCAAGGACGGCUGCUCGGCGCAGCCCUGUCGGAAUGGAGGGCUGUGCACCGAAGAGACCAGCUUCCCGUAUUUCCACUGUCAGUGUCCGAGUGGCUGGAUGGGUAAACGGUGCGAGCGCGAGCAGGUCCUCAGAUCCCCUGAACUCACCGCGGUCUCGUGCCCACGGGCAGACUGCCACGAAAAGGCCAACGAUGGUGUUUGCGACCAGGAGUGCAACCUCUUCCCCUGUCGCUGGGACGGCGGCGACUGCUCUCUGGCGGCGAACCCCUGGGCGAACUGUGAAGACCCUCGCUGCUGGCGGGCCUUCAAUAACAGCCAGUGUGACGAAUCCUGCAACAACGCAGAGUGUCUGUUUGACAACUUUGAGUGCAGGAUCAAGGAAAAGGCCGAGAAAGUCUGCAAUCCCAUAUAUGAAACCUACUGUAUCGACCACUAUGCUAAUGGGCGAUGUGACCAGGGCUGCAACUCUGAGGAAUGUGGCUGGGAUGGCUUGGACUGUGCGGAGGGUCUUCCCGAGGAUCUUGCCGAUGGCAUCUUGGUUUUGGUGGUCCUGCUGCCUCCAGAGGAACUGCUCCGCACCGGCAGAGCAUUUUUGCAGAAAUUGAGCGUCAUCCUACGCACGUCACUGCGCUUCAGGCUGGACGAGAACGGAGAAGCCAUGAUUCGCCCCUUCACGCGCAAAGAAGCACGCCUCAAGAGGGAGCUACAGCCUCAGCAUGAAAUCAUCGGCUCUAAAGUGUAUUUGGAAAUGGACAACCGCCUGUGCUCUCGGGACUCUGGGAAGUGUUUCCGUAAGGCGGAGGGUGCUGUGGAGUACCUGGGAGCACUGUCAGCUGUGGAUAUGCUCCGCUUCCCUUAUCCCCUGAAACAAGCUUAUGUUGAGAAACCACAUGAUCCUGAUGGCAUACCUCUGUGGAUGAUACUGGUGGGACUAGCGUCCCUUUUCCUUUUAGUCAUCCUUGUCAUCGGCAUGUUGAUUGCCCGUCGAAAGAGGGAGCACAGCACCCUGUGGUUCCCCGAGGGCUUCUUCCUGAAAAAGGAACCCAGCAGCAACAAGAACCGCAGAGAACCCGUUGGCCAGGAUGCUCUGGGAAUGAAACACAUGCCAAAAACUGUGGAGGAAUCUCUCCUCGGAGAUCACAGUGACCAGUGGAUGGACUCGGACUGCCCAGAAGCAAAGAGGCUUAAGGUUGAGGAGCCGAGUAUGCUUUCAGACAGCGAGGACGCAGUGGACAGCAGACAGUGGACACAGCAUCACCUGGCUGCUGCAGACAUCCGUGUGCCUCCCACCAUGGCCCUCACGCCACCUCAGGGAGAGUUUGAAAGCGACUGUAUGGACGUUAAUGUCAGAGGCCCAGAUGGUUUCACGCCUCUGAUGCUGGCGUCUUUCUGCGGUGGCGGAUUAGAGGCUGAGAUAGCAGAGGAGGAGGAGAGCGAGGAGUGCUCAGCCAACAUCAUUUCUGACCUGAUCUACCAGGGCGCAUCCCUAGCCGCCCAGACAGACCGCACCGGUGAGACGGCGCUCCACCUGGCCGCCCGCUACGCUCGUGCCGACGCCGCCAAGAGGCUGCUGGACGCCGGGGCGGACGCCAAUGCCCAGGACAACACAGGACGCACCCCGCUCCAUGCUGCAGUGGCUGCAGAUGCUCAGGGCGUCUUCCAGAUUCUGAUCCGGAACCGGGCCACGGAUCUCGACUCCCGCAUGUACGACGGCUCCUCCGCACUGAUCCUGGCUGCACGGCUGGCAGUAGAGGGCAUGGUCGAGGAACUCAUCACUUGUCAUGCUGAUGUCAAUGCAGUUGAUGAAUUGGGGAAAUCGGCUUUACACUGGGCUGCAGCGGUGAACAAUGUGGACGCCACUGUUGCCCUGCUGAAGAACGGCGCAAACAAAGAUAUGCAAGAUCUCAAGGAGGAGACCCCUCUGUUCCUCGCAGCUCGCGAGGGCAGCUGUGAGGCGGUGAAGGUGCUGCUCGUUCACUUUGCCAACCGAGAGAUCACAGACCACAUGGACAGGUUGCCCAGAGACAUUGCUCAGGAGCGCAUGCACCACGACAUUGUGCAGCUUCUCGAUGAGUACAACACAGUAAGGAGUCCCCAGAGCCACGGAGGGGCCGGACACCACCUCACUGGAGGACACACCCUGUCUCCUCUCAUGUGUCCUCCUAGCGCCUUCAUGCCCAGUCUGAAGAACACCCCACAGGGCAAGAAGAAUCGUCGGCCCGGCGCCAAAGGUUCAGGCCUGGGUGGUCAACACGCUGCCAGUCUGAAGGAGUCAGUCAAGGCCCGCAACAAGAAGCUGACCCUGGACAUGCAGAGUGCCUUACUAGAGAGUUCAGUCACCCUGUCCCCAGUUGACUCACUGGACUCUCCUCACGGGGGAACUAGCAACGCCGGCUACAUCACCAACCCCACUUCUCCUGUUGCCAUGCAGUCGCCGGGGCUUUACCACUCGUCCAUGUCUGUUCCAACAACCCCGAUGGUGCACAGCAGCAUGAUGGAGGGAGGCAGACCGUUCGCAGUGUCUCUGGCGCAGCUGAGUGACCUGGGAGCCGGAGGAAUGUCCCUGCAGGGACGCGUCUCCAUGGCAUCUGACGUCAACCAUGGCUACGUGUUGAGCUCGGGGCAGAUGGGGCUGAACAUGGGCAUGGUCAGUCCCGUCAGCGUCCCCUUCGACUGGCACACCCGCAUGACCCCCUCCUCCCAGUGUGGUCAGCAGGUGGUGAAUCUGGUGCACAGUAGCCAGGCAGGCAUGCACCCGCAGAGCCCGGCCAUGCAGCAGCAGAGCAUGCUGAUGCACCAACAGAUCUUCCGGAAUCAGAUGCUGCAGCCGACGCCCGUUACCUCCACACCCACCAUCAGCCCGGUCAAGCUGCCCUCCAUCGCUGAGCAGCAGCAGCAGCAGCAGCAGCAGCAGCAGCAGCAGCAGCAGCUCAUCAACCAUGCCAUCACCAGCCAGCAGAGCAUGAGCGCCUCCACUCCGCCGACACCACAGACCUCACAACCUCCUCCGUCUUUCUUCCAACAGCAGCAGCAGAUGCCUCCUUCUCAGCCGCAGCCUCCCGCUCAGCCGCCACAGGCAGCCACGCCGGCCGCACAGUCCGCUCAGGCUCUGCCCCCACAGGCCAGCGGCAGCACUGCAGGAACCGAGGAUUACCCAACCCCUCCCUCUCAGCGCAGCUACUCCUCAUCCACGCUAGACGCCACGCCCAAGCGUUACCUCCGUUUGCCCAGCGAGCACCCGUAUCUGACGCCCUCCCCAGAGUCUCCCGAGCCCUGGUCAAGCCCGUCUCCUCACUGCGUCUCCGACUGGUCAGAUUCCACUCCCAGCCCGGCAGUCGCUGGCCCUGCCCAGACCCAAAUUACUCAAAUCCCAGAGGCCAAUGGAAAGAUGCAGGUGUUUGCAUGAAGGCCUCUGCUUGAAAAGGGACCUGAGGUGAAAAAUUUAAGAAAAAAAUAGUGGACUGGCUCCCGGGCCUGUCUGUGUUUAUAUGUGUCAGCCUGUUUCCAAGAUUUUCAUUGGAUUUGGACUGACUGUGUUCACUCUGAGGACCGUCUGCUCGUGAUUCUUGCAGAGGAAACAGUAAAAGGGAAAAUGUGUGUUGUCUGAGGAAAACGGCAGACAAUUUAAUGAAGUAAUUCUGUCACAGAUGGACUUGUUUUUUAUUAUUAAAAAAAAAAAAGUAUAUGAAGAAAACCAAGUCUUUCAUUUCAAAGACUUAGGGGAUGCUCUCCUGAAAACUAACAUUUAAAAAAAAGUAGAUAAGAAAAAAAAAGUAAAAUGUUGAAGGGAAUUCAUUUAUUUUUUUAUUUAUUGUUUUUAUCUUUCUGAAAAGAUUUUUUUUUUUUUUUAGUUUUUUUGUCACCCUCUUUCUGUCCCAGCUUCUCAAACACCACCUUGCAUUCGUAUGAAGCCAGCGUGGCAGGUUCAUAAUUUAGAGCAGAAAUAACGAACACUCACCUCUCGACUUAUAUUUAUUCAGGCCCACAACAGCUGGUAAACUGGUUCUAGCAAACAUAUAUUGAGAGUUGCUCAGCAGUAGUGAUGUGUUUAAUUGAAUUGUGGUGUUUGAUUAUUUUUCCGUAUGAGUAUUAUAUGAGUAAGAAUGUAGAUGAGUGUCUCUGAAGCACUUCCAGUCAACGGCUUCGUAGGGCGAGUGUCGGUAAAACCCCCAACUACAGAGGAUAUUUAUAACAAAUGGGCAGCUUUUGUUUUGGUUUUUCUUGUAAUUUGACUUCAUGGCCUUUAACAAAUAAGUGAGCAGAGUUAAAGAAUAUUCCGGGUUAAAGCUCCUGUUUUCACCUGUAGUGUCUCACAGACUCUUACCUCUCGUUUUACUACCACCUCUUCAGUUUUUAAGCUUCUCUUCAUUCACUUUAAACAAACGGUUUGCCUAAAAGUACAAAUCAGCCUCUCACUGCCCUUUUUUUUUUUUUUUUUUUUUGCUAAUGUAUUUUUUUUUUAUAUAUAUACUUUGUAUAUUUGUGGAAACCUGUUUUGUUUUGUUGUUUUUUUUUAUUAUUGAGUACAUCGCCUCAGAUGUACUAAGCUAUGCUUAUCAGCUGCUAUUUUAUACCACUGUUCCCUUGCAAACAUUCCUAGAUUUUGCCCGUCCUGUUGAGUCUGGACGCUGCGCAUUUCCAGAAGACGGACAGGCGGAAGUUUAAAGGACGGUUCAGGCUUUUUUUCCAAAAGUGUGGUUGUGUGAGAUACUGAGGAACCAGCCUGAGACACAGACAUUGGCUCUCACGAAAAGAAAAUGUGAGGACACAACGCAAAAGCACAUUUUAGCCACUUAACAAAAAGCUCACCUAAUCCAAUCUAUGCCUGCUUAAGUCUAUGAUAAGAAUAUGUUUGCUCAUUUAUUUCACACUUUUCUGACUGGAAACUGAAGUUUGCUCACUUUGUAAAUUGCUUCUGCACCAAACUCCAUAGAGAAAAACGACUACUUUUUACAUCACGGCUCACAGGAGUUGUUGAUCCACUGCUGCCUCCAUCAGUAAAUUCAAAUGUGUGAUUUUGUGACCUCAGUGUUUGAAUUCCUUCAUUUGCAUUCACCAAAUUGACACAAACUUGGCACACAAGGCAGCAGUGGUCCAGCAGCUUCUGGAAUUCAAUGAGCUAAAAACGACCAUUUCUUUCUAUGGGCUUUGGUGCAGUGGAGUGAGCAGUUUGCAAACCUCAGUUUUUAAUUGGUAACGACUGUUUAAUAGUGAAAUGAAGCUGCAAACAUAUUGUCAAGAUAUCAUAGACUGAGGCAGGAGUAGCUUUUAUGUUUCAUGCCUGCUCAUGCUGGUUCUUGUGCUAGGGGGGCCAGCAGGGGGCAGCAGUGACUACGUGACAUACAACCACACUUACGUAUGAAAAAGAAAAAAGACCUGAAUUAUCACUUUAAAUCCUAAGUGAAAACAUUCCGGGACGAUGGAGCCAACAUUCUCAGCCUCGUCUUGCGGUGGAGAGGUGGUCAGGUGAUCAGCGUGGGGGGUGUGGCCACUGGGCUGUGACUGCUUGUGCCCUGUCACUCCUCAGGGAGGUGUUUUAUGGCAUGCAGCGGGAAACAUCUCAAUGUUUCCCGCUGCAUCUACAGUAGCUUCCAGUCCAGAGGCCGUGUGGAGUUGCAUCAUAAGAUGAUUGUUAGAAGAGACGCUACUAUGUAGUGCAGCACCCUUUAACUUUCUUUCUUUUUUUUUUAAAUGACAAAAGUCUGAGAUGAAACUCCCAUUUGUCCAACUAACACCGUGCGCAUUGUCUGACCAACUCUUUAUCCUGACAAAACCUGAGUGAGUGUGUAGGAUUUCCUUUACAUACUACGGACAUUUGAGGAUAAAGUCAGUUUUAUAAUAGUAGAAUUUCAAGCACAUAACCUUUUAAUACCUUUUUUUUUUACUCAAACAACCACAUUUAGCUACUCCUUUUGUGGUAAUCUAAUCUUUUAUUUUAUUCAUCAUCCUGUUGACCGUAGGUGCCACUGUUCUGUCAGAACUGAGAAACUUGUCUUCUCAGUCUACAAAAUUAUUUUUUUAAUCAUAUAUAUGUAUAUAUAUAUACUAUAUAUAUACACAUAUGUAGUAUGUAUAUAUAUAUAUAUAUACAUAUACACAUAUACACAUAUAUAUAUAUAUAUAUAUGUAUACAUACAUAUAUGUAUGGUCUUUUCUUUUUUCAGGUCGCACUAAGUGUUUUUAAACAUUUCAACCUCCCAACGUCUAUUUGUACAUUUGCUGUGGGUAGAUCUUUGCUUGAGAAGUCUUAUGUUUUGUUGUGUACUAAAAGGGGCAAAAAUAAAAAAUGUACUUCAUUUAGCAUUAUUUGAAGCGGAGGCUGUGACUGAUGUUUUAUUGGUCUUGUUUUUAUUAGAACAGUCAUAGAUUUUUAUUUUCUAUCAUUAUUAAUUUCAAUACUUGUUUAAAAGUAGUUUUAAAGAAAAGAAAUCAUUGUACAUAAAACCUUUGUUUUCCACAGUUUUUCUUUCUACAGUCAAAAGUUGUAAAAUAAAUUACUUAUAAUAAAAACUGUAGGGAACUACAA